AUAAUAAUUUAAUUUUUAUUUUUGAUUUAAUAUUUUUUAUGAUUCAAUAGUCAAACUUAAAAACAGUAAGCUUUUAUUUUAUUUUUAUUAAAGUCGGUUUUAUCAUCAACUGUUAUUUGACAGUUCAUCUGUCAUUUCAUGGUUUUAUUUAACAGAAAAAAUGGCAUUUAUCAUUAAUGCUUUUCAAAGAUGUAAAGCUAUCGCUAAAUUACAAACGCCAGUGAAUGAAGCAUGUUUUGGUGAACUUCCUUGUAUUCAACAAAUUCGAAAUAAAUGGCCAGACUUUAGAAUGAAAAAAGAUGCACGGAAAAGAAACACUCUUAAAGAAUAUGGCGUGUACAAGCUGCGCUAUAAUGCACUUCGUAAAAACAAUAUUAUUCCUUUAGAAAUUCAAGAAAUCGCCGACAAAGAAAUCUACAAUUGUCCAAGAGAUGCUAGUAUAACUAGAAUUGUACAGCGUUGUCAGGUAACUUCUCGUCCUCGGGGUAAUGUCAAACGAUGGCGUUUAAGUAGAAUAGUGUUCAGACAUCUUGCUGAUUAUAACAAAUUAGCUGGUGUUCAAAGGGCAAUGUGGUAAAAUACAAACGGAAAAAAAAUGCUGAUGUAUAGUUAGAUAUAUAAUUUAUAUACUUGGAGUUACAUUUUUUGUAAUUGUAUUAUAGGUUAAAUAAAUAUAAUGUUAAUGAUAAAAUACAAAUUGUUCUAUAUUUCUUAAAAUUUUAACUUAUUAUUUUAUGAGUAAAGUAGAAGAGAAUGAAA